AUGACCAGUCUGGUGUCAUCUGCUUCUAUCAUCAGUGAUAAUUCAUUUGGAUGCGGACCCAUGGGUAUGAAUAUCGAUCUGGCUCUCAACAAAAUCGAUCGAAGAGAAAUCAUUCCAUGCUGUGUCAGCCAUGAUGCAUGUUAUCGCAAUUGUUCGAUGAGUCGACUGACAUGCAACUGCACGUUCUAUACAUGUAUCAAGAAUCGAUGUGAAAAUCGCCUGCUAAACGACUGUAAAGUGUUUGCUACGAACUUUUUCGCGAUGGUGCGAAUUGGAGGUGUACCAUCGUACAAACGUGAUCAAGAAAGAAACAAAUGUCUUUCGAAAAACUAUCAAAGUGAAUUAGACAAAAUACCAAUGCAACAAGAAACAGAACAGUAUGUAAAAUCAUGUCCAAAAUAG